UCUGGAUUCGUCCCGGAUAUUAUCGCUCUAAACUCUUGCCAUGCGCGGACCCAGGGAAUGCCCGGAGGGAAGCGGCCGACGUUGCCCCGCGCGUUGUGCGCAUGCGCAGUCUCACGAUGGUGGGGCUGGAUAUGGAUUUCAGGGACCGGCAGCUGAGGCGGCGGUGGCAGCAGCAGCAGCGUCGUCAAGGUAACCAGGUCUGGCGCCUGCCCCGCUGCCCCUCAGCCUGGGCCCCGUUCCAGGGCCAGCAGCCGUGGCCAGUCGCUCGCGGGAAGAGAGCGGCCGGCUCUGGGCAGCGGGGAUGGCAGCCGCGGCCACGGACGGCAGCCGGUGGGAGCGCGGCGUCGGGCCCUCAGGCUAAGGCGGCAGGAGCGGCAGACCCCAAGGUGGCUGGCGGGAGCGUGGGGGCAGGGAGCGCGGCGGGCCCAGCAGUGACGGCGGCCUCAGGCGGGAGCGCAGCGGAGACGGCGGCGGCCUCAGGCACCUCGGCGAAGGUGGCUGGUGGGAGCGUGGCGGGGGCGGCCCCAGACCCCGUGGUGAAGGUGGCUGGCGGGAGCGUGACCACGGGCCCCACGGCAAAGGAGGACGCUGGGAGAGCGGGGGAGGAGUUGAUGGUGGUGGGUUUGGGUCCUGACGGGAGCACAGCGGAGACCACAAUGAAGGUGGCUGGUGGGACACUGACAGUGACAACGACAGCAGCAAUCUCAGGCCCUAUGGUGAAGGCGGCCGGUGGGAGCACGGUGACCUCAGGCCCUGCGGCGAUGUCGGCGGCCUCAAGCUCCCGGGCGACGGGCCCCGCGGGGAAGGUGGCCAACGAGAUCAUUCAGUCUCCCUCUUUUGGGUCACAGAUGGCCACCCCACUGGCAAAAGACAACAGUGGGGCAUCUGUAGCUACAGUGGAGCCCAACAGCAGCAGCACAUUGGCUUUCAAGGGUUCUGUGGUUUCAAUGGCAGCCACAAAGAGGCACAACAACAACAAUGUCCCUGUGUGUGGGACUCCAGCAGCCAAGCUCCUCAAAUUGCCCGGGCCUGAUGACAACCAUGGUCCAGCCCUUUUGGAAGCCUUCAAGGCCGUGGUAGCAGCUGGUGGGAGUGGCUGGCUGGACCCAGUGGCAGUGGCUGCAGUGAAAACAGAACUGGAAGUGGGCUGUUCCUCUGAAGAGGACCUUGGAAGCAGGAGCAGAGAGACAAGUGGCAAGAGCAGUGAGCCACAGCAACUCACCUGGACCCCCACCCUACUUGUGACAGAACGCAAGAGAAAGAAGAAGCCUAUUAGCCAGGAGCGCACAACCUUAGUGAACCUUGUACCAUGCACUGAGGAUAGGAUAAAGGAGCCUAAGCCCAACCCCCUGGGAUCAGAGGACCCAGUAGAGGCCUACAAUAUGGAGCCCCUGUUGUCAUUUUUCCCACCAGAUUCCCCCAUUAGAAGCAUGGUACCAGGUGGUGAUAACUUUAUGCAAGCUGAACCAAAGGAAAUAUGGAUUUGCGGCCAUUCUGUGAUUUUGGUGACAAAGAGGAGGGCAAGCACUCACCCACAUGGGCUGCAACUGGGUUUCCCAAGUUCGAGUGCCUUUUUGUAUUGGCAUGGCAUACAGGCAAUGCUGUGGGAUCAGCUCUUGCCUCUUCUCCAUGAAAUUUAUUAUCUCAGGUCUUUUCCAUCAAUUAUAGUAAUUCACCUUGGGGAAAAUGAUCUUGUGCAACACACCGGUAUGUCACUCAUUGUCAAAAUGAAAAAUGACUUGGGCAUCCUUAGAAGGGCCUUCCCAGAUGCCCAUAUCAUUUGGUCUUCACUGUUGCCAAGGCGUUUUUGGAAAGGAGCCGAAAAACCAGUGAGCAUAGAAAAGGCACGGAAGGGGAUUAACAGGGAAAUGUCCCAUUAUUGCAGUGAAAAUGGCAUAAUGUUUUUGAGACAUGAUUUAAUCACUUACGAUAAGCCAAACAUGUUCCUGCCAGAUGUAGAUGACCUGUCUGAUGUAGGAGCUGAUGUUUUUACAGCAGAUUUAAAAGAGGCCCUACAUUCCUGCCUGGGCUUUGGUAAAGGCUAAUCUGCUUUUGUCUGGGGAAAUGAAUUUUUCAGGACUGUUCCAUGACAUCCCAUCUGUGCACGGGAGUCUAGGUUUUGGGGGGAAGGGAGGGAGAUGGUCAUACCAGUUGAAAGUUAAAGCUUUGCUGCUUUAAACUGGCAGGAAGGAGCAUUUUGCAGUUGCGUCCGCAUCCCAUUGUCUUUGGCAAGUUCUCGAUGUGGCGGAAGUUGAGAUGGAUUUGGGUUGCCCACCCAUGGAGUUUCAUAGGUCUCUGCACAAAAACUGUAGUAACUAUGGAGUUACUGCCCCCCCUUCCCCUGUGAAGAGGGGAGACUGAACAAAUACAUUAACUUGCUCAUGAGGUUAUGUUCAUUGUGUUUAAUUUUGUUCAUUUUGAUCCCUUAUAGCAAUAUUCUUGUAGACAAUAAAAUGUAAUUCAGGAUUAACGAGUGUCAGAUGGCUUGUUUGCAUGUUUCUAGCUUAAAAUAGAUGUGUAUGGAAUAAACCUUUUGUUUGUUAGGGGUGUAUGUGUGUAUAUACACGCAUGCACCAUAACACAUUUAAAAUGUAAGUGUGCAGCAUGUUAUGUUGUCUCUUAUGCUUUGGCAUAAUAGACUAUAAUUGUUGGAAAGUUAGGGACAUUAGCAAGGCUUUGGAGCAGAGCCUGGAGCACGGAGCAGUGGAGCUGCAGAUUUUUGCCUGGAGCUGGAGCACAGCUCCAAAGCCCUGGACAUUAGGGCUCUGAUUAAACAGACUGUUUCCACACACCCAAUAGCAAUUGAAUUCGUAGAAAUAUAGGGCUAGAAGAGCCCUCUGUGCUGAGGCAGGACCAUCCCUCUGUUUAAAAACCUUCAAGGAUGCCAAUUCCACAACCUCCCUUGGAAGUCUAUUCCAGUGCUUAACUACCCUUCUAGUUAGAAAGUUUUUUCUGAUAACCAACUUAAAUUUCCCUUGCUGCAGAUUAAGCCCAUUACUUGUCUUACCUUCAGUUGACGUAGAGAACAAUUUAAUCACUGUCUUCUUAACAUUGGGGAGGACUGUUAUCGGGUCCUCCCUAGUUCUCUUUUCUUAAGACUAAACAUGCCUAGGGUCUCCCUUUCUCUUCCCUCCUCCCCACCCCACCGAUCAGAUUUUUCCAAACCUUUUGUCAUGCUUGUUCUCCUUUGGACUCUUUCUAGUUUAUCUACAUCUUUCCUAAGUGUGGCGCCCAGAACUGAUACUGUAUUCCAGUUGAGGCCUCACUAAUGCCAGGUAGAGCAGGACAAUUACCUCCAUUUUAUAUAUGUCACUCCAGUUAAUACACUACAGAAUGACAUUAGCCUUUUUCACAACUACAUCACGCUGUUGACUCAUAUUCAGUUUGUGAUCCACUACAAUCCCCAGAUCCUUUUCAGCAGCACUGUCACCUAGACAGUCAUUCCCCAUUUUGUAGUUGUGCAUUUGAUUUUUCCUUUCUAAGUGUAGUACUUUGCACUUACCUUUACUGAAUUUCAUCUUGUUGAUUUCAGACCUAUUUUCUAGUUUGUCAUUUAAAAUUCUAAUCCUGUCCUCCUAUGUGCUUCCCAGCAUGGUGUCGACUGCAAAUUUUAUAAGCAUACUCUCCACAGGAUUAUCCUUGUUAUUAAUGAAAAUAGUGAAUAGUUCCAGACCCAGGACUAACUCCUGCAGGACCCCACUAGAUUCAUCCCUACCAGUUUGACAGCAAACCAUUGAUAACUACUCUUUGAGUAUAGUCUUUCAAUCAGUUGUAUACUCACCUGAUAGUAAUUUCAAAUAGACCACAUUUACCUGUUUUACUUAUGAGAAUGUCAUGUGCGUCUGUGUCAGAAGCCUUACUAAAAAUCAAGGUAUAUCAUGUCUACUUCUUCCUCUCAUCCACUAGGCCAGUAACCCUGUCAAAGAAGGAAAUUAGGUUGGUUUGGCAUGAUUUGCUAUUUCUUAUAACCCUGCUAUCCUCUAGGUAUUUACAAAUUGAUUGGUUAAUACUUUGUUCCAGUAUCUUUCCAUGCAUGCAAGUUAGGCUGACUGGUCCUCUUUGUUCCCCUUUUUAAAGAUAGGUACUAUUUUUGCCCUUCUCCAGUCUUCGAGUUAUUCACCCAGCAUCCAUGAAUUCUCGAAGAUACUUGCUUAUAGUUACGAGGUUGCUUAUGCUAGUUCCAUAAGUACUAUAAGAUGAAUUUCAUCAGGACCUAACAAGUUAGACAUAUUCAAGUUAUCUAAAUGUUCUUUAACCUGUUCUUCCCUAUUUUGGCUUGCAUUCCUUCCCCUUUGUUGUUAGUAUUGUGACCCAGUACUCAACACCAUUAACCUUUUUAGUGAAGUCUGAAGUGAAAUAGGCAUUAAACACUCAGCCCUCUGAUGUCAUCACUCAUUAGCUCUGCUUCCCUGCUAAGUAGAGGACCUACACUUUCUUUUGUCUUUCUCUUGCUCUUCAUGGUUAAUCCUGUGUUAACACUAACAAGUACGUAGGGCUUACAAGUAUCCUCUGUCCCACUCUCAUUUGAGUCUAGCUUCCAUCUAGUGUCUGACUAGUAACAGGACACUGAUUCUGUAACCUGCUCUGGAAUAGAGGGUUUGACAAAACUGGCUUCCUCACCAUCAGUUGCUCUGCAAUCUGUCCUCGAAUAACACAUUAAUUUCUGGCCAUACUCAAGAACUCUACCUUCCAGCACACUACAGGCUUGGAUGCUGACCUGCAAACAAGUCACUUACCUCUUUGUGCCCCUCAUCUUUCAUAGUCCCAUUUCAAUUUUACCCAUUUACCUACCUCAAAGGGUAUGUUAAAGAUAUUAAGUGCUCAGUAGCUAGGGAUUAUAAUUUUUUUUGUACAUCUGUAUAAGAACACAUAAUUAGUGGGAAUUUUCUCAUGAGGGUCCAGUGAGAAACUUUCUCUUGUUUUGAGAUCAUUUAUAUGAAUAGCGAUCAAAGAGCUGACUGUUGAAAUGUCAUCUGAUUCUUUCCCUAUGUUUGUGUUAAGCCUACAAGUCAUUGCUUAGAGGGAUCAGAAUAACACUGUUGAUGGUAUGCUGACCAAAACACAUGUGUAUAUUUUCUUUAUUAAUUGGCUUAUACUGAGAGGUCAUCAGACUGGGAAUGUCAGUAAAUCCAUGACUUCCUGUCUUUGCAUGGGAGUCUGAAAGGGGGUUGAAAUACCAUAAGCUUAAUUGCCAGAAGUGGGCAAGAAGAAAAGUUGUCCAUGUUACCUGUGCAUCUUUUGGAAGAUUUGGGGUGGUCUAGGAGGUUCACAGAACGCCUCUCUAAGGCAAGACUGUCAUAAUGACGGAAUCUCCCAAGAGUGGAGAAAUUGGCUGAUGACCUCUUUCAAUUGGCUGUACAUAGUUGUUGAGCAUUUUUGUAGGUGGAACAUAUUUGUAGUGUGAACAGCACUGUAACUUUUUGUACAUUAAUAAAGCUAUGGGGUUUUUUUGUG